AUGAAUAUAAUUAUAUCUCAACAUCGAUAUUGCACCACUGAAGAUGAAACAAUUCGUGUACUUAAUGGUACUCUUCAAGUUUAUCUAGAUGGCUAUCAAUUUUGUGCACCAGCUGGUACAAGUUUUUACAUUCCACGAAAUGUCAUACAAUCACAUCGAAAUCUUGGUUCAAAACCAAUUCAUGUAGAAUUGUUAUUUACACCAUCGAAUAUUGACAAUUAUUUGGAGGAAGUUACUCCUGUUUUUGCCGCACAACCAGUCAAUAUGACUCGAGCAGGUGAACUUGCACGUAAAUUUGGAGUUGUACAUUUACCUGACAUUCCAUGGAAAGAUCUCAAUUGUGCAUUUAACGAUAGCACUCUGCUCAUAUCAUCUCUUCAUAUGACAUUUUUCAUCAUUGUGCUUCAUAUUUUCGUAUUUAUAUGUGAUAAAUUACAAGAAAAUUUUUAA